GAGGUUGCGAGUGGUUCUGCUGUAAACAGAAAUUCCAUUUUAUAUUUGCAAAAAUCACGUUGGCAGCAGUUUGCAAAGGGGCAAAGCGCAGAUGCGGCGAAGUGGAAGUUUCGACGAUGUCAUUAUUUCUCGUAAUGCGAAUAAUAAUUUAAAGGAGAUACGAAGAAUCCUCUAACAAAGUAUGAAUAAACGCAGCAUUUACGCUAAGUAAUAACUCAGUGACUUCAAUUAUGGCAACUGAAAUGAAAGAUAGUCCAAUAAGGAGAAAUGAAAAACAAUGUAGUAAUCCACGUGCUAAAUUUUAUAAAAAGCCUAUUAAAAAGGAUAACUAUAACCUGAGUGUAGAUAGUAUUGAUACUCCACAAGAAAUAAGACGUCAGCGUUUACUACAGUUUCAGAAAAAAUGUAGAGAUAUUACAUUUAAUGUUGGACGAAGAAUAUUAGAGGAAGCCUUUAAUUCUGAAGAAGAUGAAUUCGAAGAAGAUAUGGAAAUUGACGAAAAUGAUAAAAAAAAGCAUCAUUUAUCUAAACGAAAUAAGUAUUGUGCAAAUCAAUUAAUGAUGUCUGAAUGGAUGUUGGAUGUACCUCAGGAUCUGUUAGAAAAAUGGAUCAUAGUUCCUUGCCCUCAAGGAAAAAGAACUUUAGUUGUUGCAUGUAAAGGCAUAACUAAUGCAUAUAACAAACGAGGUAACCGACUUGGAAAAUUUUAUUCAGCACUUCCAGGUGGUAAUUCAUAUAGUCACAGAAGCAGUUGCACUAUUAUAGAUUGUAUUUGGAUAAAGCAGCAGAAAAUAUAUUAUGUCUUAGAUGUACUUGCAUGGUCUAAUCAGUCUUUAAUGAAUUGUGAUACUGAAUUUAGAUUGUUUUGGUUAAAAUCCCAAUUGGAGGAAAGAAAAGAGUUGCAAGAAAGAAAUAUACAUGUGAAUACAUUUCCAAUAUUACCUCUACCACAUAUUAGUUGUAAUACUGAUAUAGGUUCAGAAUUAGCGAAUCUUUCGCAUUUACAUCCUUUGGAUGGCUUACUAUUUUAUCAUCGUGAUGGACAAUACACAAAAGGUCGUACACCACUUGUAACAUGGUUAAAACCUUUUAUGUUACCUGAAGUACUUGGGAUUCAUCUACCAGCUCUACUUGAUGAAAAACCUGAUGGAUAUAUAGAUUUCAGAUAUUAUAUUCUUAAUAGUAAAGCUAAGAAGAGAAAGGAAAAAUUGGAGAGUCAAAUGGAAAUUACAGACGGAGAUUCAUAGAAAUGAAAUUUUGUUUUAUUUAUAAGAACGAGCUCCAUAUAGAAGUGAAAUGUAAUUGACUUAUUAAAGAUUUUAUUACUACUAUAUUUUAUAAAUAUAACUUGAUUGUACAAAAAAUAAUAAUGAAUAUCAUUUAUAAGAAUAAUAUUUAUGCUAUAUAUAUUAAAAAAAAAUACAUUACUACGCAAAUAAAUACAAAUAUAUAUGUUACAAUUUGAAGAUUA